AUCCAACAUGGCUGCGGUGUCCACCAGCAGACGUUUCUUCUUCUAGUCGAUGUCUAACAUUUGCUCUGCUGGUUAUUAUCGCAGAAACCUUUUUAAUGAGAAACGAAUAGGCGCUACAGUCGGUUAACCUUUGUGGAUAUAAUUUUUUUGUUAUUGAAAAACGGUACUUGUGUCGAAAAUGAGUUACACGACGCGGGUGGUUCAGGUGACCAAUGUGUCGCCGAGCACAACGUCGGAACAAAUGAGGACGUUGUUUGGUUUUCUGGGCACCAUCGAGGAACUGAAGCUAUUUCCACCAGAUGAUUCUCCUAUGCCAGUGACAUCACGAGUCUGCUUUGUGAAGUUCCAGGAGCCAGAGUCUGUGGGAGUGUCUCAGCAUCUCACCAAUACAGUGUUUGUGGAUAGAGCUUUGAUCGUGGUCCCGUUUGCUGAAGGAUCUAUUCCAGAUGAGGCUAAGGCUUUGUCCCUCUUGGCCCCAGCAAAUGCUGUUGCAGGGAUUUUGCCAGGCGGAGGCCUUCUCCCGACACCGAAUCCUAUUCCAAAUGCAGCUCUUGGAGCCAACCCCUUUGGUGCUCCCACCAUAGAUCCAAUGGCAGCUUUUGGAUUCGCUGGGCCCAAUAUGAACCCACAGGCAGCUGAUCAGUUGCUGAAGAUGAUGACAGAUCCAAAACUGAACCCCUUGGCGGCUGGAUUAAACCUGAGUGCAAGCCUGAAGGCGGAUGCGUCCAAUAAGGAGAUAGAAGAGGCCAUGAAGAGGGUCAGAGAGGCCCAAUCACUAAUUUCUGCUGCUAUUGAGCCUGGACAUAAAGAGAGUAAAAAGAAGCAUUCGCGGUCUCGAUCCAGAUCCAGAAGGAGGAGAUCCAGGUCUCGUUCCAGACACAGUCGCAGGCGAACCAGGAGCAGAUCAAGACGUAGAUCCAGCUCGAGAAGCAGGAGGCGCUCCAAAAGCCCACGCAGGAGACACACCCACUCCAGAGACAGGGGCAGGCGAACUCGAAGCAGAUCAAGAGACAGAAAGAAGGAGGAUGUUGGGAGGAGGAGAUCUAAGACGCCUCCUAAAAGCUACAGCACAGCCAGAAGGUCACGUAGUGUGAGCCGGAGACACAGGAGAAGUCGUAGCGCCAGCCGCUCUCCAAAGAAAUCUCCAAAAAGAAGAGUUUCUCCCUCUCCAUCCCCUCGAAGGCACAAGAAGGAAAAAAAGAGGGACAAGGACAGAGAAAGGGAACGCAGGAGUGAUAAAGAACGUGUUCGUGAGGAAAGGGAGCGCUCUACCAGUAAGAAGAAGAAAAGUAAAGACAAAGAACGGGAGCGUGAAAGAAAAUCGGAUGUAGACAAAGGAGAUAUUAAGAUCACCCGAGAUUACGAUGAAGAAGAACAAGGUUACGACAGCGAAAAGGAAAGGAAGGAUUCAGAUGACUCUGCUAUGUCUCCUCAGUCGGUGGAGGGAAACGGCUCAGCCCGGCUGAUGAAGCAGGCCAAGGUUAAUGGCGCUGAUGAUCACCACGAAGAGGACAUGGAUGUCAGCGACUGAGAGCUGCGUCCUCACAGAGUAUCGGUUCAUUUUCGUUGGAAACAUUCUACAAAAUUUCCCCCCAUUUGGGUAAAUUUAAAAUGUGAAGUGUCUGGAAAAAAACCUGUUUAUCGUAAAAAUGAUAAGUCUGUUUUUUUGCAAAUGUAUAUUGCAGCAUUGUUUGCCUAACAGUUUUUUUUUUUUUUUUUUUUACAUAUAUCUUGGUUCGUCAGUAAGUCCAGAUUUAUUCUUUGCCACCACAGAUGUAGAUUAGUUUGAACUGAAAGUUAGUUUGCUUCACUACUAUUGAGCUCAUGUUUUCUAAAUUUGUUCCUUCAUGUAUUGUAUCUUUUUUUUUUUUGUGUUGUGGUGUACGUGUCUCUCCCUCUUCUUCACAGAACAGUUGCAUCUUGCCUCUGACCUGCAAGCGUUUUAUCAAGGAUUUCUUUUAUAUAAUAAAGCCUGUUUGAAGAGCUAAA